GCUUUUUCUCGGUCAUGUGACAGCAGGAGAAGAGCCUGCGAUACGCUGCUGAAAGUAGAGUGAACCAGAUAUAAACCGUCAACAACACCGGCAGGCUAGCGAUUGCCUACGUUGGGAGACAAACGUCUGUUAGCGUCUCGUUCACGGAACAAGACAAGGUGCUCUUAGGUCGCGCCGCGGGCCGCUGAUUCCCCCAAACCGACGGACCAAAAUGACGGCGGCGGUGUUUUUCGGCUGCACCUUCAUCGCCUUCGGGCCGGCCAUCGCCCUGUUCCUGUUCACCAUCGCACGGGAGCCGCUACGGGUCAUUUUCCUCAUAGCGGGAGCGUUUUUCUGGCUGGUGUCCCUGCUGCUGGCCUCUCUGGUUUGGUUCAUCUCCGUUCAGAUCAGCAACAAGGACAGCGCCGCCCAGCAGAAGGGCCUCCUCAUCUUCGGCGUGGUCCUGUCCGUCCUGCUGCAGGAGACCUUCCGCUUCGCCUACUACAAGCUGCUCAAGAAAGCCAAUGAAGGCCUUCUCACCCUCAGCCAGGAGGAAACCAUGCCCAUCUCCAUCCGCCAGCUCGCCUACGUGUCGGGCCUCGGCUUCGGCUUCAUGAGCGGAGCGUUCUCGGUGGUAAACAUCCUGGCGGACUCGGUGGGGCCGGGCACCAUCGGGAUCCACGGAGACUCUCAGCACUACUUCCUGUCCUCAGCCUUCAUGACGAUGGCCAUCAUCCUGCUCCACAUGUUCUGGGGAGUCAUCUUCUUUGACGGCUGUGAGAGGCAGCGCUGGUGGGCCGUGGCUGCUGUAGUGGUCAGCCACCUUGUCGUCUCCUGUCUGACCUUCCAGAACCCGCAGUACGUGGGCAGCCUGGUGCCCACUUACGUCAUCCUGCUGGCGAUGGCCGCCUGGGCCUUCCACACCGCCGGCGGCUCCCUGAGGAACCUCAAGCUCUGCCUCACCUGCAAGGACACAGACUUCCUGCUUGCCAACCACCGGCCCAGAUAACGCCGCGCGGGACUCGCUCUCCUGCGCGCGCGCGCACGCACACACACACACACACACACACACACACACGUUCAUUUCCCAUCCAUCUGCUGUUUAAAGUCAACGUGUUCAAUCUUAAAGCGGCUGGAAAUUCCUGGAAGUAAAACAACAAAAGAAAAGAUGAUUUUUGUUUCAUGUCAGUAGCUCAGUUUCUUUUUCCUUCUUUCUUUUCCUGUGAUGAGCUGAACCUAAAGAACUAAAUCUGCUUAUGUGGUUGAAGGCGUCUGCUGUUCACCUGAUGCUCCAAAAAAAAGUCAAAUACUGUAUUUUUGACAUUCUGUACAUAUUCCUUAAACUGACCUUCUUUUCUAGAUUCACAUCUUUGAAUUAUCUAUGAACAAAAAUCUUUUUGUACAUAUUUAUGAUUUUUAAAAUCCCUGAUGUGUAGAUAGUUUUCACCUUUUCAUUCACGAUGUCUUCAGUCUGUUUAAAUAAGUUUGAUUUGAAAUGAGCUGAUGAAUCCAGAUGAUGUCAUCGUGAUUUCCUUUGGUUGUUUUUUUUAUUCCGUGCUGGAAGAGGAAAGUGCUGAUUGUCAAAUUCCAUGUUCAAAGAUCCCAAUUUCGCAGAUUGAUGUUUUGUUGUUGUUUAUUCCUCUUCAUGUGCCUGGGAUCCCAAAACAUCUUCAACAUAAAAGAGAACUGUUUUAAACUCA